AGCUCACCUCACCCAAAAUAUUCCACCGACAACACCGAGGCACCAUCUUCUUCUCAACACCUCCACCACUACCCUCUCCCCCCCAUACAGCCUCUCCACCCCCCGCCGCUGUCUUACCCUUGUUGUCAUUCACCAUGUGGUACGACACGAGCUAGUCAUUCCCGUCGCACCUCGCGGUCACGCGAGUACGAUUCGCUUAUCUUUGUACUCGGUACCUUCUCACCGCUUCGGCAUAAAGCACAUCUUCGACCAUCACAUCCAUUGUAAUACACCACGUAAUCACCCCCAACUUGGUCAGCCCCUUCAAACACCGUCUGUCACAUGAUGCAACUCCGACGAGCGGCCCGUCUCAUCCUCAUCGGCGCACCGGGCGUGGGAAAGGGUACCCAGACCGAGCGCAUGCUCAAGCGCUACCCCCAACUCUCCUCCAUCUCCUCCGGCGACUUACUUCGCGAGAAUGUCCGGCAGCGCACCCCACUCGGCAUCCAAGCCGACUCCCUCAUGCGCUCCGGCGCCCUCGUCCCGGACACCAUGAUCCUGCGCCUCAUCCGCAACGCCCUCACCACCCGCGGCUGGCUCAUCCCCAAAGGCGGCGUGCAACCCUUCACCGUCAACUACUCCAUCGCCUCCGAAGCCGCGCCCGCCGAAGCCUCGGGCGACAACUUCUUCAGCCUCCCCCCCCUCGGCAACGCGCACGACGAACAACACGAAUACGAGUACUCCGACCACCCGGACGCCAGCUUCAUCCUCGACGGCUUCCCCCGCACCGCGGCGCAAGCCUUACAACUCGGCACGUUGUUGCCCAUCAACAUGGUCAUCCACAUCCACACCCCGACCUCCAUCAUCCUCGAUCGCAUCUGCAAUCGUUGGAUCCAUCCCGCUUCCGGCCGCACGUACAACACUACCUUUAACCCGCCCCAAAUUGCGGGAAAGGACGACGUGACGGGCGAGCAGUUGAUCCAGCGGGAUGAUGAUAAACCCGAGGUGUGGCAGGCGCGGUUGAAGAGCUUCGAGGAGAAUGCGCGGCCGUUGUUGAGGCAUUAUGAGCGCUUGGGCGUGCUGUGGCGGGUGGAGGGGAGCAGUAGUGAUGAGAUUACGCCCAAGAUUGUGGAGGAGUUUGCGCGGAGGUUUGGGGCGUAAAUCUGGGCUGCGGGUGUAAAGUAAAUGUAGGUUGACACGGUGUAGGGACUGGGAUGGGGCUGUCGAGUGUACUUUGAGCGUAGGCGUCUGGUGCGUGCACGGUACGGUUGGCAGGGUUGGAGCACGAGUGACUCUGAGGAUUUUGAGCGUGCUUCCAGCAUCGACGUCUGGUACAUUGGCGGAGGCCACGGGUCCGUCGGUACUUGCAGCUUCACUUUCGGCGUCGAUACUUGGAGCUUCACUUUCGGCUUAGUUGUUGCUUCACCUCAUGUGAACCAGAAUUGCUAGACCAAUCCACGCCAUUGCUUUACCUCGAUCUCUUUUUCUCC